GUUUCCGGACGUCCCGCCCACGCGCGUGGUUUAGGCGAACAUGGCAGCUUCCAGCAAUAGCAACCUGGACAUUCCAGUGUCUUUCGCUGGCAUUCUGAAUGAAAAACACUGCCCUGAACACUUGCAGGUUUUAAAAACAUUUACUACUGCGCUACGGGACAAGGAAUACAGAGAUGCUGUGGAGGAAGAGGCAUUCUCCGCUCUUUUAAAGGUUUUGUCCCAAUUGUGUGAUGAGUUGCAGGCGGUCGGCAGUGAGAAUCAGGACCUGCAGUCUGUCGCCCUACAGCUGCAGUUGACCGCUGAGUGCUUCAGGGCUCAGAGAAACGCCUGUGUCCAGAGCACUCGCAACCAGAGUGUGCUCAGGAAGCUUGGUUUCAUUGAUAUAUCUCUUAAACUCUUGAACCUUCUUCAGACCACCAAUUUGGAGAGCAGAUAUGUGUUUGAACCUCUUUGUUGUGGGAUCCAGUUCCUUGGCAACUUAGCAGUUGGAAACCAAAUGUGUAAAGAUGACAUUUGGCAGCAUAGUUUCCCAAACCUUCUCCUGCAGCUGCUUAGUGCUGAUGAUGAGAAGGCCGUAAACUACACCUCCAUGGUACUCCACACAUGUUUGGAUGAAGCCAAGGUGGAAGAACUGUCUAAGCCUCACAACAUCCAGGUGGCGCUCAGGGUGAUGGAGCUUUGUAGGACGCAACCUGACUUAGACUGGACGGUUCUAAUAGCUACCCAGCAUUUCCUCAAGUCUUUAUCUCUGGUGGAGAGCAUGUACUCUGGGAUGUCUCACCUUGAAAGAGUUACUCUAUUAGAGCUGAUUUUUGCCCAGCUAAGAGAGGAGGAUUCAGAGAAGUGUGGAAUCCCUCCCAGUGUUGCUAGCUUCCUGGCUAGUUCCUUCCAGAAAGGCUGUGGAGCUGUGCUGACGCUCGCCACUGGCUCUGCUACAAGUGAUGAGGUCCUCCAGGAGGCGCUGACAGUGAUAAGUCUGCUGGAUGUGCUGUGUGAGAUGACCUCGGACCUCAAGCAGUUUAUGUUCCUGCAGGAUCAUCCUGACCUUCUAAUGACUACUGUUGAGCUCCUGGAGCAAGUGCAUUCCAUAGGGAAGGCCAGUAAGAAUAUUUUCAGCGCUACACAAAACUUCUCCUCCUUCAGUGCAGAUGAAGACCCUUCCUCCCAUUCUCCUGUCAUCAGCUUCAAGGCCCAUCUCAUCAGGCUGAUAGGAAACCUGUGUCACAACAAUACCAACAACCAGAACAAGGUGCGAGAACUGGAAGGCAUCCCCCUCAUCUUGGACAACUGCAACAUAGACAGCAACAACCCAUUUAUCAGCCAGUGGGCCAUCUUCACCAUCAGGAACCUCUUAGAACACAACGUGCAGAACCAGGAGCUGGUUGCCGCGAUGGAACGUCGCGGUACUUCCGACUACUCUGCGCUCAGGGAGUUGGGUUUCCUGGUCGAGGAGCGAGAUGGAAGCUUUCUGCUCAAGCCCAUGAGGAAAGACUCUUGAAAACCCUAGAGGAGCAGCCAGGAGGAGGUCCUCAGCCCUGCAAGCAAGUUUUCAUGUGAAGUAUUUAUUUAGAAAGGAAUAAGGAAGGUACGUUUCCACAUGGUUACACUAGUGUGAACAUGUACCCUUGUUGUGCUGCAGCCUCAUUAAUGUUGCCUAAUACUUAAGCUUUAGCUGUGGGUGAAUGACCUGUCCACUAACAACACAUAUGUUUUGUGCCUGUCCAGGAUAAUCAAUGGACACACUGCCAAUAGAUUAAGCAGCAAGGCACUUUUGAAUUAGGUAUUUCUAUCAGAGAAGUAUGUAUAAUUACUUUCCUACCUCAGUAAUGCUUGCACUCAUGGGCAGAUGGAGGUUAAGUUAUUCUUUGUACACAAAAGGCCCGUGGGGUCCCCCUGGUAUAUAAGCAGGCGCUCUUGUAUUGUCUUGACCUGACUCUGGGAAAUGAAGAGUUUGGGAGAGGCGGGCGCACGCUGGCAUCUUCUGGCGAGGCAGAUGCUUUGUGUUUUAAUCCAAAGACAAAGAGCUCCACAGUAUCCGGGCUUUUCACUUCUCACAGACACUGAUUUUACCUGCAGGGGUCGGGGUUUAAUCCCAGGCCCAUAGUGACCUCUGCAGUAACCACGAAACAGAGAAUGACCAAAACAAAAUGUAAUCAGCCCCCCUCACAGGCUUACCUACUUAAAUCCAGUGUCUUUGCCAGAGGCACAAAGACAUUUGCCCCCCCCCCCCCCCCCCCCC